UGAUGCACAUCGUGUAAUGAGGAUCGAGGUAGAACUGUAUAGGAUGCAGGCCCAGCGCCCGGCCACCGAGCGCGGAAAUAAGAACUCAAAAACUCCGAGAGAGACGUCGUAGCAAAAAAGCCUAGCGAUGAACGGCCGCUUGCUGAGUGCAACUAAACUUUACUUCGCGAUUUCUGCGUGAGAAUAACGAGGGGAGAUCACAGCGGAUGUGGCAGCGAGCUCGGCUAUCCUACCCCCCAUGCAGCGUUGCCAGCUAGUGGUAUCUGUGCGGGAUAGCGUGCGGCUUGAAAUGUCAGCUCGAGCAGGAAAACUCACCUCUUAAGGAUGCGCUCGCGUUAGGCGACGUAAGCGCCUUCGCUCAACACAUUAGUCGCACUUGUUGGUGCUGCGAUUGAGGUGACUACACGCGGGGCAUUCGCCAGGAUUUAGCUCGUACUACUGCGAAAUUAUCAAGCUGACACAGACAUUGCUGCUUGUUAACGAGUGAACAUCGCCGCUCAUCAUCGUUCAUCAGCAGCAGCCGCAACGAUGAGGACAUCAUUGCAGCUCACUCUCCUCAUCCUCGCCCUGACCACGUGCGCAGCGGAGGCCAGGCCCUCCAGGAGACGAUUGAAGUCUCCCAUCACUCGCACGACGACCGGCCGCGUGAGGGGAAGGCAGGAGAUGGUGCUCGACAUUCGCACGCGCAUCUUCCUUGGCAUCCCGUACGCCGAGCCGCCCGUCGGCGCGCUGCGCUUCGCGCGUCCGCAGCCGAAGCGACCGUGGCGCCACCUGCUGAACGCCACCGAACGGCACGCCACCUGUCCGCAGGCGCCGCUGUCGCGCAUCACGUAUCACGUCACCGACAAGUGGGAGGUGAACACGGAGAUCAGCGAGGAUUGCCUCUACCUGAACGUGUGGGCGCCGAAAACCAGCUACGGCCACCUGCCCGUCAUCGUCUGGAUACACGGCGGCGGGUUCUUCAUGGGUUCGGCGACGCUCGAUCUUUACGACGGCAAAUACCUGGCCGCCUACGGCUACGUCAUCGUCGUCUCGAUGAACUACCGCCUGGGGGCGCUCGGGUUCAUGUAUCUCGGUGGCGACGCGGUGGCGGGUAACAUGGGGCUGCUGGAUCAGCUGCUAGCACUGCGCUGGGUGAAGGAGAACGCUGCAUCCUUCGGUGGAGACCCGGGGCGUAUUACGCUGAUGGGAGAGAGCGCCGGUGCGUCGGCUGUCGGCUACCACCUUCUCUCGCCGCUCAGCGCCGGCUUGUUCUCGGCGGCCAUAUUGCAGAGCUCGUCGCCACUGUGUCGCUACUCGUACAGCGCCCCCGAGCGGAUUCUGAACCUGUCGCGCAAACUCGUCACCGCUCUCGAAUGCGACCGACCGACGGAACAGGAAGUCGUCGACUGUCUUCGUGAAGUUCCGGCCGAAGCGUUCCCGCGGACUUCCCUGCAGCCGGGCGUCGUUGAAUCGAUAGGUAUCCUCCUGCACGCGUUCACGCCCACUGUCGACAACUACUUCCUUCUGUCACCCCCCGAGAAAGCUGUCACCCAGGUGAGCGACACUGUCCCCAUCAUGGUCAGCAGCGUCGCCGAUGAGGGAACCUUCUUCGUCAUGUUCGGGCUUCCGCACCUGUUUCCGACGAUGAAUUCGUCGGCAGUCAGCCGCGCGCAGUACUCACAGUCCGUAGCGAGGAUCUUCCCACGCUACGGCGAGAGCACGCUGGACGUGAUCCGCUACAUCUACUCGGCGUGGCCGUACGGAGACAGAGAGAACGCUCGCGCACUCGGAGCGAUGGUCGGUGACUACCACUUCACGUGUCCCGUCAACCGAUUCGCGCUGCUGUGGGCCGAGACAGGUGCCGACGUCUACAUGUACCAGUUCUCGCACCGGACCGAGUCGUCGGCGUAUCCGGAGUGGAUCGGAUCGGCGCACGCCGACGAUCUCGACUACACGUUCGGGAUGCCGCUAGGAGAGUCCGGGAACUACACUGGACAGGAACGCAACCUGACGAUGGACGUGAUGAUGUACAUAGUGAACUUCGCCAGCACCAAAAAUCCUAACUACGCCAAAGCGCUCCAGUUUCCCGGAACACUCAUCUGGCCUCGUUACACAAACAAGACGCGUCAGUAUUUUGUCUUUGACGAAGAGGAGAGCGUGCAGACGAGUCCGCGUACUAAACACUGCGAAAUCUGGGAGAAGCUUGUUCCAUCGCUGGAGAAGAGAGAGGGAGAGAAGGUGUGCGUCGCUACAAAUGUCUACACAUCGACACAGUGUCUAGACGUGCUUAUUUUCAUCUGCCAUUCUCCUUCAUAGUGCUUCUGGGGCGACAAUCGGGAGCACUGCAGACUCUCGGCGAGGAAUUCCCUACGGCUCGGCCGGGUGCACCGAAUCGAUGAAAAAUGACCCCACGCGCUCACCGGGCGUAUCGAAUCGAUAUACACAAUUUCAACGGUCUCUCAGGCGUUCGAAUCGAUGUGUGCGUCUCUAUGCU